UCUGUGGGUUCUGGGAAUUCCCUCUCAUCCCAGUCCCUGGUCAGGGGAAGAGGGCAGCACAGCCUUGGGAAGAAUGGAUAAGCAUGGCGUGAAGACCCCUUUGUGGAAGAAGGAACCGGAGGAGCCCCGGGCCAGGGAGGAGGAGGCGGAGGAAGCGGAGGAGGGGUUGGAGGAGGAGGACGAGGAGAGGCUGCCGGAGGAGAGCGCGGCCGAGGGCGAGGCGGAGUGCCAGGACGCGGAGGGCGGCGAGGGCCAGCGGGACUCGGUGUCCUACUCCCCGCUGCGCCAGGAGUCCAGCACCCAGCAGGUGGCGCUGCUGCGGCGCGCGGACAGCGGCUUCUGGGGCUGGCUCAGCCCCUUCGCGCUGCUCGGCGGCCUGGCGGCUCUCGCCGACAGGAAGCGGAGCCUCCCGGAGGAGCCGUGCGUGCUGGAGACGCGGCGGCGACAGCCGCGCAGAGGGGGCUGCGCGCGCUGCGAGAUCCUUUUCUGCAAGAAAUGCAGGAACCUGCACAGCCACCCGGCCUUCGUGGCGCACUGCAUUCUGGAGCACCCGGAUCUGGGCGAGGCGCGGGCUUCGGGAGGGGCGGGGGCCGCCGGGAGCCCCUGAGCGUCCCCACUUCCAGCCUUUGUGCCAUCCAUCCUCGCCUGACCCCAAACUCCCUGCAACCUUCUCCUCUCCCAUGACGCGGAGCGCUCUCCAGCACAUUCCACAGAACUGCCCCUUCUCAGAGCCUCCCUCCCGGAGCGCCCUCCUCAGGCAAGAAGGCCCACGAUUGAUGGGGCGUCCCCACCUGUCACCUAGCGCCCACCUGAUGCCAAACCCAACAUCACCUGGUGCUCCAUUCCUCCUUAGCGCCUCCUGAGGGCUCCCGCCCCCGGGCAGCACCCAGUGCCUGCCGCCCACCUGACUCGCGUCCCCUGGCACAGCCUCACAUUCUUUUGGGUAUUUCAGGUCCUUCUGGCCUGACGGGCAGAGGCAUCGCCUAGAGAAAAUACCCUCUGGGUUCCCUCACCCCUCUGAGAAACCUGCCCCUUCCCCUCAAAUCACUCAAUAAAGCCUCUAAUCCAAGUGUCGGUGCCUUGAGGUGGGGAGAGG